UGUCAGAAUUUAUUAAAAUCCCAAUUGUAAUUUGUAUUCCAGCAAAACAGGCUCCCUUUGGCGACACUGACGUGGCAUAUUGUUGUGUUUUGAUUCGUGUAACAAUAGAAAUUACAGAAAUUACGCCAGCCUUCGCCAGCAGGGUAAGUUCAGGUGGUGCGCAAAACUCCGCUGAAUAAAAGCCGACGGCUACCCAAGCGCAAGCCGCACGGCGUAACCCAGGGCCAAGAACGGAGUUGAAAUCGUGGCAGUACUGUGUUGAAAGGAGUUGCCCUGCAGCGAAAGGAAUCGGAGCGCAACACAAACACAGCUGAACUCAGCACCAUGGGCCUGACAAUUUCCAGCGUGCUAACCCGAUUAUUCGGCAAAAAGCAGAUGCGCAUUCUCAUGGUUGGACUCGAUGCUGCCGGUAAGACGACGAUUCUGUACAAGCUGAAGCUGGGCGAAAUUGUCACCACCAUUCCGACGAUCGGGUUCAACGUUGAGACGGUCGAGUACAAGAACAUCUGCUUCACCGUGUGGGACGUCGGUGGCCAGGACAAGAUUCGCCCGCUCUGGCGCCACUAUUUCCAAAACACGCAGGGGCUCAUCUUUGUGGUCGACUCGAACGAUCGCGAGCGUAUCGUGGAGGCGGAAAAGGAGCUGCACAGCAUGCUGCAGGAGGACGAACUGCGCGACGCAGUGUUGCUCGUGUUCGCCAACAAGCAGGAUCUGCCCAACGCGAUGACGGCCGCCGAGCUGACAGACAAAUUGCACCUCAAUCAGCUACGGAACAGACACUGGUAUAUUCAAGCGACUUGCGCCACCCAAGGCCACGGACUGUACGAAGGAUUAGAUUGGCUGUCGACCGAGCUAGCCAAAAAGUGAUGAUAAUCUGGUCUGGUCUGUCCCUUGGAGAGGUUUAUUUUGUAAGAACGCCGCUGGCGUACCGCUUAUACAAUAUUUCAUUGUUUCAUAUGAAUAAACAGUAGGAUGAAAAUUCCAACCAUUAA